AUGAACCAUUUUUAUACCCAUGAUUUUAAUCUUGUUUGUUCUGCCACUGGCGGCAUAGCCAGUCAGUCGUCGCAGUGGGACACGUUUGGAGAUGCCAACAAUGCCAUUGACCUGAACUGGACCAAUCGGUAUCUGGAGGGGUCCUGUAACCACAAGAAAGCAGAGAUCAACCCCUGGUGGCGGGUGGACCUGAGCAAGACCCACAAUGUCACCUAUGUCACCAUUACCAACAGAGGGGACUGCUGCUCCGACAGGAUCAGUGGAGCAGAAAUCCACGUUGGGGACUCCCUGUUCAACAAUGGCAAUAGCAACCCACUGAGUUAUCUUCAUAACACAACUUCUGGCUGGCUACACAACCCACUAUGUGUCAUCCCAGUAACACAACUCUCCCUUAAACAAUCCAAUCAUCUCCAUAACUCAUCAUCAUUAACUAUGAGACUUUAACCAGACUUAAAGGGGUAAUCUGCAAUUGAAACAAUAACAAACUGUUCUUCCAGCCCAGGGAUGGGGCUAGACAAAUGUAAUCACUCUUAAAUUCAUAGACAUAGCUAUGGAUGCAAGGACUGACCAUCCAUGAUAUCAAACUUAUAGUUUGAACCAUGUUAUGAGGCUAUAUAGUUUGUUUACAUUUACUUUAUUUAAGAACAUUGGAUAAAACAAGAUUAUAUUUUGGGUUCUGACGACAGUUGAACUAAGCUCAUGAGGCAUUUCUAAGUUAUAUUCUUCAAGAAUCAAUGUCCAAAAAUAGAUUUAGCAACUGCAGUUUGCCCCUUUAAGCUUUCAGGACACUCAUCCCUGAUCCCUUAUUUUGAGCAAAUACUGUUUGUCCCGCAAUCAUCUUAUAACAUAUAACAAUGCUCAACAUUCCUAUACCUGUAGGUGUGCUGGGAUUCCAUACAUCCCUGCUGGGCAAACCAGGACAUUUCCGUGCGGUGGGAUGUUGGGGCGCUAUGUCAACAUUCUCCUCCCAGGAAAGAGAAGUACCUGACUAUGUGUGAGGUGGAUGUGCACGCAAGCACAUUUCAGGCAGGUAUGAGCUCCAUCAUUCUGAAUGUACACCUUCUCCAGCAGAUGCCUUUUUUUAUUAUUGUUUACGGAUACAAAUGUUUUACUCCACUCCCUUUCUCCCUGUCUCUCUCCUCCUUUUUGCAGCCCUGCCUUCAACUGCCCCCAAGACAGCUGUUACAGCUCCAAACCUAAACCUAGCCUGGCUGUUGGAUCUUCUGAGAUCCCUCAGAAGACCUGCUAUUCUGAAAGGUCAGCUACUCCUACAUCCAAUCAUACAGUACCCUCCAGGCUAAAAUUGGGACCAGAAAUCAGAAAUCCUUAACCAGAAGCUUGGAUUUUACACAAUAUUCCAUACUCACUAAGUAAUUUUUCUAAGCAAACCCCAUCCCUCAUAUUUGAAUGAAGGCAACAUGGCACUGAUGGACAGAGCGACCUAGUUGUCCAAGCUAAGCCGUCUGACCCACGCCGAGAACGCCAUCGAUGGUCGCCUGGACGCAGAGUACCUCUCUGGCUCCUGUGCCCACACCCGGCUCCAGAGCGACCCCUGAUGGAGGGUGGACCUGCUGGCUGUUCACAGAGUCACAUCCAUUACCGUCACUAACAGAGAGGACUGCUGCCCCUGGAGGCUGGACGGGCGGAGUUUCUCAUCGGAAGUUCCCUGAAGAACAACGGCAACAGUAACCCUCAGUGAGUAGGCUGAGCAAAUAUGUUUACAAUAAACUACUGACAACUCAGUUCAACUAAAGGACUAGUACAUGAAAAGCACAAUAUCAAGGGUGUGCAAAGCUGUCAUCAAAGCAAAGGUGGCUACUUUGAAGAAUCUCAAAUAUAAAAUAUAUUUUGAUUUGUUUAACACUUUUUUGGUUACUACAUGAUUCCAUAUGUAUUAUUUCAUAGUUUUGAUGUCUUCACUGUUAUUCUACAAUGUAGAAAAUAUUACAAAUAAAGAAAAACCCUUGAAUGAGUAGGUGUGUCCAAACGUUCGACUGAUACUGUAUAUAUUUGUUUUUUUAACCUAAAGACUGUAAAAACACCAGCAAAUCAGCUCCAAGUGAUUUUAGUUUUGGAAAUCUGUUCCAAAGUAUUCCCACGCAUAAUAGAGAGAUAUGUGACCAUGUUCUAAGUAAGCAUGGUUUGAAAUGAUUAUGUUUUAAUAAAAUAUCUGUUUGUACUUCUUGCGGUCAAUUUGCAGUUUACAAAUUAUUUGUAAUUAUGUUCCGGCCCCCUGACCAUCCGCUCCAGUAAAAAUCGGCCCACAUGUGAAUCUAGUUGAAGAUCCCCGUCUUAGAGACUUACCGAGAAAGACUGACUGCUGUAAUCACUGCCAAAGGUGCUUCUACAAAGUAUUGACUCAGGGGUUUGAAUACUUAAGUAAAUUAGAUAUUUAUGUAUGUCAUUUUGAAUACAUUCGUUGAAAUGUCAAAAAACAUGUUUUCACUUUAUCAUUAUGGGGUAUGGGAUAGAAUAAAUAUUUUUAAUCCAUUUUGAAUUCAGGCUGUAACACAACAUGUGGAAUAUGUCAAGGGGUAUGAAUACUUUCUGAAGGCACUGUAUUUCCCCCUAAUUCUUAUUGUGUGCCCCUCAGAGAAUCUAGCCUCCGGUGGAGUAGCGGUCAAUUCCUCCCAGUACGACAGCCACGGUGCUGCCAGGAAUGCCAUCGACAGGAAGCGUAACCCACUGUACCAUGCUGGCUCCUGCAGCCACACGAAGGCAGAGACUAACCCCUGGUGGAGAGUGGACCUAUUGGACACAUACCAAGUCACCAUCACCAACAGAGGGGACUGCUGUCUCCACAGGAUCAACGGGGCUGAGAUCAACAUUGGAGACUCACUGGAGAACAACGGCACACGACCAAUCCACUGUGAAAAAGAUAAGAUAUGA